GUUCGUCUCUGCAAAAUGCACUUUGACUUCGUGGAUAUACGUUGCCUGAGGGCAGGCAAAAAUCAUUAAGGCAAAGUGAACAUGUGACUAGCCACCGCUGAGAUGGCCAGCUAGCUGGACGACAAAAACUGGCUCAAUCCUUGCUGGAGCCCAUCGAUGCAACCAGUCUCCCAUGUUUCGCUUCGAUUCAUUUCGGUCACAAUCGCAAGCAACACCAACAACUAAUGCAACACGAGAAGACUCUCAAGAAGCCCCGGAAGAUUCAAAGAUAAAGUUCCUCCAGCGAAUAUCCAGCAGUGACAGUAUCGAUAAAAAAUCUUUAACUAAGCGUCCGAGCUUUUCAAGUAUGUCGAGCUUUUCAGGACGCAGCGGAAGUUCGUCGUCCACCAUUCCAGUCCCUUCCAACUCAUGGGGAAUGCUCAUGCUAUCCACACUCCGAAACGAUGAUAUGUUGGAGGACGUGUGCAGCUUACUGACCAAGGACCAAAAGGCUACCCUGCUCCUACCUGUAUCACAACCUUCCCAUCCUUCAGCUAUCAUUGACCGGGAAUUUAUUGAAGAUCAUGUCAUGUUAUACCAAAGCCCCGUCGACAUGACGCAAAUUGUAUCCUUAAGCGGUAUUCGUGGCACCUUUCAAAAGGACCGGUUUGUCGCAUUGGGUUUGGUAGAGAGACCAAGCGUUCAUGGUAUCGCCGCUUCAAAUGCAGACACAUCGACUAAAACACGCUUCGAUAGCUUUAAUCUGGAUCCCAUGUCAAUCACAUCGGAUCAUCCAUCCAUAAAUAUCCUCGCAAGCCACGUCGAUGUCAGUAUUGCCAACGACCAAACAAUCACUGUCGAUAAUGCGUCUGAAGUUGUUGCGCCACCUCCAUCGCAAGACACUGCCGUUGAUACCAAGGCCACACCGGAAAGUGCAGAUAUGGCAAGGAAUGCUUCAGAAACAUCUAGCGAGAUUAAUCUUCAGUUUCCUCCAACACAAUCAAAACGACCGCGCAGAGACGAUGAUCAGUACAUUCGCUCUGCUGGUGCCGACGUCUUAUUGCCCUUACUCAUAUACACUGUCGUCAAAUCCAAUCCACAAAAGUUCGUUUCUAACCUGAAAUUCAUCCAACGUUAUCGGAUGUCUUCAAAAUUGAUAGGAGAGGCAAGUUACUGCCUCACCAAUAUGCUGGCGGUUGUAGCGUUUUUGGAAACCACUAAUUUGGUUGGCCUCGGCCUUUCUGCUGAUAGAAUCAUGAGUGAUCUCAGCGAUCUGAAAGCCGGUUCUGGUUCAAACGGCCCGAACUCCAAACAGCGUUUUAGAAGCCCUCAAGUCGACCAGUUGGCAGGUGGUGGAAGAAAACUUGUAUCAGAUGUAGUGGAUGGAGUUUUUGAUGGAAUCGGUCGGUUUUGGAGAACACCAGAGAGUACCAGCAGCGCAAGUCCACCGGUAUUGCCACCUCCUACGAAUACAAACAAAACGGUGGGAGGACUGCUUAGUAUGCCUGGCAUGGCAGCCAUGGAGGAGGUGAAAAACCAAGUGGUCGGUCGAGUACGAGGUUCGAGCGAUGCUUCAUCCAUCAAGAGCCAAGAGGCACGGAAACAGAACGAACUGAAAGAGAUGUCGAGAACCCAUACCAAUGAAUCGGUAGACACUCAAGACUCCCGCCCAUUAUGGCAAAGGUCCAACUCGCAGUCUCGCACUGAUAUGUUUCAAUCGAUGCUACAGGCGCCUUCCCAAUUCAUGGCCUCCGUCGUACCUAGACCUUCAUCGGCCGCAUCAAGUACAACACCACUGGGCGAGGGACCACUGCCGAAGUUUCUUGAAAUGAAAUCCGUUGAGGAAAUGAAGAUUGGCGAAGUAGCUGAACUACUUGCCGACUACAAGCGACUAGCUGCGAUCAUCAAACAAUCUCAACUUUAAACCAAACCAUAUUGUCAGUGUCGACAGUGACAUGAUUUAGAUUCCAUAGGCACUCACGUGAUUCAUUAAUGAGUCACGUGUACUUUUUCUUCGCGUCCAAAGCCGUUUUUUAUGGCCGUUUCACACUCCUUACCGCGUCAAAUAAAGACUACCAGACAGUAACAUGUUUA